GUACCACUACCACUCCACGCCCGCUCUUCAAGUCUUUCCAACUGCCAUUUUUCUCCUAUAAAUUCUCUUUUCACAAAUAACAAUAAACCUCUCUCUCCUCUUUCUCUCUCUAACACACAUCCCCAGUACAGCACCAACAAUGGCUUCUUCUUGCUCUAUCAAAAAAGUUCACAUGAUAACCAAAAUCGUUCGCCUCAAACAAGUCGUUAAGCGAUGGAAGGACAACUCUCUUCGGACUCGUUCCGUUCUCUCUUACUCCUCUUCCGAUUCCGACGAACCGGCGCAAACCAAUUUGAACUCGAACUCCAACCGCCGCCGUACGCCGUCCGGUUCAUUAGCGGUUUACGUAGGGGUUGAUGAGAAUGAGCGGCGUCGGUUUGUGAUUCCGACUCGAUUUUUGAAUCUACCUGUGUUCAUUUCGUUACUUGAUAAGGCGGAGGAGGAGUUCGGAUAUCAACCUACCGGAGGAUUGAUUUUGCCGUGUGAGGUUGAGUUGUUCACGGUGAUUUUGAAGCUGCUUGAAAUUAAUGAACAGAGAUUUGGUGUUUUAGGGUUAGAUGAGAUUUUGAUGGUAAUUUCUGAAUCUGAUUUAGAUCAGUCUUGUAAAGAAGCUGCUUCACAUGGAUUUGCUCCUCUGCUUCGGAAAACUAGGGUUUAACCCGACCCGACCCGACCCGGUAUUUUAGGUUUUAGGGUUUUAUUUUUCUUACCUUUGGCCUAACUUUGUGGAGAUUUGUAGGAUUUUAUUUUGUUAUUUUUCAACCAUUUGUGAACCCAGAAAUUUGGUUUUAUGAAGGUUUGCUGGGUUACAAAAAGACGUUGGUCAAUUUAUCUUUCCUUUUUUACCCCUAAGAUUAUUAUGAGGGGGUGAACAAGCUGAUUAUGAUUAUUAUUGUUCUUAUUAUUAUGGGAAAAAAAUGGCUUGAAAGUUUAUGAAAUAUUCUACUAAUUGAUUUUGCUAUGUUA